ACAAAUCGACGACAUGUCCAUCUCGCCUCACUCAUGCUGCGGGCGCUGCAGGGCACAAAGUGUUUCUCCGCCUACCUAUUCACCUCUUGAACCCGACCAAAUCCGGGUAUUGCGGAUCUUACCCACGAUUAUACCCGGUGGGAGCGGCCACUACCACCAAGAUGGCGAGGAAAGCGAUUGCGAAGAGGAGGACUGCAGAGCCGUCACUGAAAGCAUGUUCGAAAGGGUCUUCGUGCAGGACUUUGAAUGGGGCAAAAAUCUGUGCGAGGAAUGUUGUGGGGAUGCGUGUAUCUGUAUUGAGUGUGACAUGAUACAGUGCGAGCUUGUUACCGUUUCGUUGGAAGAGUACUCAGGCGCUUUCGAUGCAUUGUCCUAUGUGUGGGGCUACGCGGAUGUCAAAGAGCGGAUCAGGAUGGACGGCAAGAUAAUCGAGGUGACGUUGAAUCUAGAGGCAGCCUUGCGGAGAGUCAGAAAUACGGAGAAGGCGGAGCUGCUAUGGGUGGAUGCUCUUUGCAUCAACCAGUGGGAUGUCGAAGAGAAAAAUAUCCAGGUUAUGCGCAUGAAGGAUAUAUACACAAGGUGUAGAAGGGUGCUCGUCUGGCUGGGCGAUGCAAUAAUGGACAGAACCGGAGAUGGCAAGAAUGAAGUCGCCGUUGCAGUCAAGGCUAUGUCUUUCCUGAAAAAAGCACACAAAAUCGCGCGUGGUAAAGAUAUGGUCGGCAAACCGAAUUAUUACAAGAUGUUCAUGAGUAAGAUUGCGGAAACAGUGCCUUUCGAAGAUCCAAGCACGGUUGGUCUUCCCGAGGUUGGUGCUCCAGAAUGGGAGUGCUUAAGCAAAUUCUUGAGCAGGCCAUGGUUUAGUCGCGUUUGGAUUAUCCAGGAAGCAUCAGGUGUAGAUUAUACGCUAUUAAUGGUCGGAAAGGAUGCGAGACUCGGCUGGGGCCAACUAUCACAAGCGACAAAUUGGCUUAUAGCUCAUGCUUACCCAGACAACAUAGAUGGCCUCGAGGCAUUGAGCAAUAUCUCCAUGAUUGAUACAUGUCGCAGGUAUAAAGCUGUACCAUUAAUGCGCAGAUUAGAUCAGAUAUCUAGAUUCAACUCUACUGUCCCACACGACAAAAUCUAUGCGGUAUUGGGCCUUUCCAUUGAAUCCCAAACGCCCGAGAGAUACCCGCGGUUACGAGUUGAUUACGCCCGAGACUGGCAGUCUGUGUUCCGCGAUGUUGUAAGACACUGCAUCGAGAUGCCUGGCUCCUAUGGACCCAAAUCGACACUGCAUAUCUUGAGUUCAGUACGUCAGGAGCGUGACGACGAUGGAAAAUUUACCUGGGACAAGGAACAAUCCUCCUGGGUGCCGAAAUGGGAUAAAAUUCACAGCAACUGUGCUAUCGUACAGCGCAUGUCUCACUUUACUUUUCAAACGACAUAUGAUACCGAACCGCAUAUCGUCAAAUCGCAAGACGACCGUAUACUUUCCUUGAAAGGUGUCUUCGUUGAUAGAAUAGCGAAGGUAUACACUCAUCUAAUAGACAUACGUGAAGAUCACGAUCCGACGUUCUCCUUGAACGUUUUCCGCGCUGUUAUAAAAACGUGGAAGGCCGUUCUUCAAGAUCCUCCAUGGAAGUUUCUUGGCGGCAAUCGGUAUUCGCUUAUGGGGGAGGCAUUUGCAAAGGUGAUAACGGAGGGUUCUGCUUGCGGGCCGCCUGGAACAGGGUCGUCUGGGCAGUAUUUCACUGCGUACUGGGAGGUGGGCCUUCAAUACGCAAAAGAGAAUGAGCCAGGCACACUUCCGAGGUUCAGCACUUUCUUUGCUCCUCCAAAUACAGUGGUUGAGGAGUGGCCUUGUGUGGAGGGUGUUUCGGGCGAAGAAGCGUUGGAAAACCUGUAUUCAAUGGCGUUGAGGUUCAACAUCGCUGUGGAGAUUGACAGGGCCAUCUUCAUCACUGAAACAGGGUACAUUGGCAGUGGACCGCCGAUUAUACGAGUUGGAGACGAGGUAUGCGUACUGUAUGGUGGGAAAACACCUUUCGUUGUGCAGAAGGUGAAGGAAGGACCCGACCGUCUUGCGUGGCUAGACGAGGAUCCGGGCCCUUCCACUAGCUCAGUCGAAAAAUUCAAAGGAAUUUUGAAGAGUUGGAAUCCGCUUCAGAAGAAGACGCCAAAACAGUGCACACCAGUACCUACAGAAAGGCAUGCUCUUCCCCGGACCGAUUGCUAUCGUCUCGUUGGUGAGUGCUAUGUCGAGGGACUCCAGAAGGGAGAAGCGCUAGACCUACGCGACAAGGGCGAUCUCCAGGAGUGUAUUCUGCAUCUUGUUUAAUAACCAGAGUGUUAUU